CCACAGAUAUCAAACUUUUGACAGCAACAAUAUUAUUAGGUGUAACGACAUUGUGUAUUUAGUAAUAUUUUGUUUUGUUAAAAAUUUGAGUUCAUAUAUUUUGCAAAAUGGUCGAUGAAAAUAUAACAGUGAGUGAUAAUUCAGACAUUGACGAAGGCGGUACUGCAGAACUUCGUGGUUACUUAAGUAAAUGGACGAAUUAUAUUCAUGGUUGGCAAGAUCGGUUCAUCGUUUUAAAGGAUUCCACUUUAUCAUAUUAUAAAAGCGAAUUGGAGAGUAAUCUUGGAUGUCGAGGUGCAUUAUGCUUGAAAAAAGCUAAAGUUAAGCCACAUGAAUUUGAUGAUUGCCGAUUUGAUGUAUCUGUCAAUGAUUGUGUGUGGUAUCUAAGAGCUUCAAAUCCUGAGGAGAAACAGCAAUGGAUCGACAUAUUGGAAUCAUUCAAAGUGGAGUCAGGGUAUGGAACAAGUUCAGACAGUAGUUCAAAUGGAGGCGGUCUGAGAAGACAUGGCUCUGUUACUUCACUGCAAUCAACAGGCUCAAAUGGUCGUACAUCUCGUCGUUUGACUGAGAAAAUCGCUGAGUUGGACACAUACAGUGAACUGUUGUCGAAGCAAUCCCUACAGUUGCAGAAUUACUUUGACAAAUGCGUCGCUUCCUGUCCACAGAUUAAUGAUGAGAGUGUUGAAGCUAUUGAUGCUGUAAAACUUGUUGAUGGGGGCGUGGAUCUGCGCACGCAGUCGGGGGAUGCGGGCGAUGUGGGCGGGGCGGGCGAGGUGCGCGCGACGGGCGCGUCGUUCCGCGCGACGUGCGGCGCCACGCUAACUACGCUGCACCACUGUCUCGACCUGCUGCGCCGCAGGGAGAGGCAGGCGCGCCAGGCGGAAGACCUCUACAUGGCAUUAAAGAAUCAAUUGACGGAAGCAAGAUUGGCGUCAAAACCCGGACCUGAUCACGAGGAAGGGCCGCAUUCAACGUUGCCGGACGACGAGUUCUACGAUGCGGUGGAGACCGGCUUCGAUAAGAUGGAGGAAGAGCGGUGCGCUCGCGUUGUUCCGCCCGCGGAGCGUACCCGCGACCAGGUGGAGUUGCCGCCGCCUGCGCUCGACAACCGCCUCACAGUGCAUCCACUAUGGCCGGAGAUAAACAGAAUAUCAACGGAGCAGAUACAGGCAGCGUUCGAGGAGGUAGGAGGAGGUAUCGGCUGGCAGCUGUUCGCAGAGGAGGGCGAUAUGAGGAUGUACAGGAGGGAGAUGGAGGUGGACGGCAUGGUGAUGGACCCGCUGAAGGCGAUGCACAAAGUGCGCGGCGUGUCUGCGCGCGAGAUGUGCCACUACUUCUUUAACCCGCGGUACCGAUACGAAUGGGAGACGACAUUGGAGACGAUGACGAUAGUGGAGGAGAUAUCGUCAGACGCGCUGGUGUUCCACCAGACCUUCAAGCGCAUCUGGCCCGCCUCGCAGCGCGACGCGCUCUUCUGGUCGCACGUGCGCGCUGACGAUACUACUUACGCCGUUACCAACCACUCUACGUCUAAUGCUGAAUACCCUCCGAACACUGGCGCGUGCAUCCGUCUGUUCGUGACGGUGUGCCUGGCGUGCCGCAGCUCGUGGCCGGCGGGCGCCGCGCCCACACGGGAUAAUAUCACCACCAGUAUAGCUUACUGCAGCACAGUAAAUCCCGGUGGGUGGGCACCAGCUGGUGUUCUACGCGCAGUCUACAAGCGAGAAUAUCCCAAGUUCCUGAAACGCUUUACUGGAUACGUCGUGGACCAGUGCCGGGGCAAGCCGCUCGCCAUCUAGCAUUCCUCGAGUCUAAUACGCGAUUAUACACCUUAACACAUUGAGAUAACAAAAUGCAAUUUAAUACUGAGAAUAGACCGUAACGCCAAGCAAUACGGUUGUAUUUACCGUAACGCACGAUCUGGUAUAGUAUGGUGUAUUUUGCCAAUAGAUGGCGUUGUUAUUGAUAUUUUGUGGAAUUCGUCAUUUGAAUUACUUGUUUUUAUAAAAUUAAAGAGCAAAGCAUGACUUCCGUCUUACUUUGAGAAAAAACGUCUAUAGUUCUUGUAACUGGCAACAAAAGCAGAUAUAGCUAUAUAUGGUAAUUAGACCAGAAAUAAGGUAUAUAAUCUGGUCUUUCCGUAUCCACCCACCAAUUUAACAAUGUAUAAAAUGUAUAGAAUAUUUUUAUCUGUAUUCGCCUAAUGUAAAUUAAAUAUUGGUGUAAAGCGGGUAAGAUAAUUCUUUAAACUUCACGUUAAAACUUGGGUUCAUUUUGUUUUAUAUUUGUUAUUGUAAUAUAAAGAGGUAUAUUUAACUGUGUAAUUUAUAUGGUUAUUAUUAAGGGGGUAAAUAUUUAAUUCAGUUAUAUUAAGUUAAUCGAAAAUGAAAGCAAAGAAAUUUUACGUCUAGGGUCUUUCGUCCGAUAUGGAAAGUAUAGACAAAAAUAAUGUUGAAAAGUCUUAUUAUUAAUAAUUGAUUCCUGAAUUAUUAAAAUAGAGAGAAUGUGUGUUUUAAAUUGUUAUAUUAAUAAUAGUUCAAUACAAUCUACCGAUUUCUCAGGAUUUAAAUAAUUUUAUUUUUUAUUUAUGCGACACUAUUUUCAGUUUUUGAGUAAUUUUUCACACAAUCAAUAUUUGGCAUGGUUUUAUCAUGGUCUAUAAUUGUAUUGGUGACAUUAUUAAAUGGUUAUCUAGAUUAUUGAAAUUUAAAAGUCGUAGGGCCUGUCCCACCAAAUUGUAAAUUAUCUUAUAACAAUAUGUAAAAUACGUGAU